AAUUAUUUUGAACGAGAUUGCUCCGCGGCCGCGCAAGCCGCUAUCCUGACAGCUGACGCUGAAAGAAGCAGUGCUCCAGCCUAGUUAUAGCCGCUGCGAGCCCUGGGCGGAAGACCGCGCGCCGCCUCGACGCCUACCGUUCAAAUCACAGCUAGCUGGGAACCAUGGACGUCGGCUUCACGCCCGUCAGCGACGCGCCGCCGCCGUCCACGCUCAAGCGCCCCUUGGAAAACCCGACGGUGACGCCCGCGCCGCGGAAGAAGGUGAGCUUCGCCGGCGAGACGCCCACGGCCACCGAAACUAGCCCGAAGCCCCCUCCGUCGACAGCCACCAAGUACAAAGACCGCACGAAUGGCGGCGCCACCGUCGACGUGGCCAACAAACACCUGCAACGCAGAGCAGCUUGGGGCGACCUCGGUUCUGUUUCACAAAGAGCCGUCGUCGUCGCCGCGCCUACCGAAAAAGACGUCGACGCGUGGACCUCGAGCAAAGCCUACGGCGGCACGGAGAGUACGCAGUUGGCCGUGGGCACCGCCACGAGGUAUCGCCACAUGUUCACGCCGCCCGGCGAGCGGUGUGCGGCCUUAGAUGCUUCGCUCGUAGAGGCGGCCCAGAAGAUACGAGAAAACUUCUCUGAGAAAGAUGUGGAGCCGUGUGCCAUCGGCACGGCGACGCAGACGCCGGCGCUCUUCUGUGGGCGCGUGUGUCUGGAUGCUCUUGAUGGCCGGUUGAACAAAUCAUCAGUGUGCCUCGAGGGCGAGCGGUCGGAAGGUGGCUUCCGCGUGCCUCUCGAUUUGACCGCCGUGGAAGGUAGCUACGCCUUGUUUCCGGGCCAGGUCGUUGGGGUCGUGGGAUCGGCACCGGGUGAAGAUGGUACGAUCCUCGCGAGGUCCAUUAUUUUAGGGUCUCCAGCACCGCCCGCUUCUACUCCAGCCAAACAGAUGCAGGAGUUCCACACGAAGCAGCAGAACAACCAGCCUCUCAGUAUUUGGGCGGCGAGCGGCCCCUACACGACGUCGGACGACCUCGAUUACAGCCCGCUAAAAGAUUUACUAGCGGCUUGUAGAGCUGCAAAGCCCGACGCCGUCGUACUGUUAGGCCCCUUCGUGGACGCCGACCACCCGCUGGCCAAGAACAACGAUCUGAAGGAAGGUGAUGAAAGCGUCGAUGCCGCGACGUUGUUUGUAUUGAAGGUGGCCUGGGCCCUCGAGAAGUUAGUUAUUGAGGAGGACUGCCCGACGCAAUUCAUCCUGGCUCCCGCUACUCGCGAUCUAGUUGCGGAGCCGGUGUUCCCGCAGCCACCAUUGGACGCGCCUCCGCUCGGUGCUCAGAAUGACGCGCGGCCGUCGUGGCAGGACGAGAUGCCUGUUGGUUCGUUGGAACUGCCUUCCCAGGUGCAUGUUGUCGGCAACCCCGGUCUGUUCAAGAUUAAUGAAGUGGUGGUGGGUGUGACGGCUACUGAUGUCUUAUUUCAGCUGUCUUCGCAGGAGCUGUUCCACAACGGGCGCGACAAUUCUGAAAUAGCGAAGAUGCCGCGCGUGGCUCGGUUAGCGUCUCACUUAUUGUCACAGAGAAGCUUCUACCCGCUCUUCCCGCCGCCUUCUAUGAGUUCGACCGUGGCCGACGCGCCCGUCGACCUGCGGCAGCACGGGAAGUGGAAGUUACCUUUACAGCCCGACGUCCUCAUCACGCCCUCGAAGCUCCAGCCCUUCGCGCGCGACGUGCAAGGUUGUUUGGUGCUGAACCCGGGGCACUUGUCGAAAGGCGCGGGUGGCGGGACCUUCUCGCAGCUGACGGUCCAUCCCUUGUCUGCGGAGGGUGACGAGACUGUCGUGCAUGGCGUCCCGGCGCGCACGCGCGCGGAGAUCACGCGCAUCUAGGUCCUCUCCCCGCUUAACUAUCCGAGACUUA